AGGGGAGGGAGAAAUGUGAGCGUCAUCUCUCCCUCCGGCUUUUACCACCGUGUUGCUAAGGGCAACCAUCCGAGCGAGAGCAGGGGAGAAAGAGGGAUAUGAAGAGAGCGCAUGACAGAGCGAGCCGAACGGCAUCAGCAAAGCGGAGCGGAACCUGCGUGUCUUGACUCAUUCUGCCUCGCUCGAUCAAAGCACAGCUCCAGAAGAAGACGACGACGACGACGACAGCCUGCCAGCAUCAGCAUCAGCAGCUCGCAGGCCGGGCCACCCAAUCAUCAGCUGACGUGCUCCUGAGUUCAGCAACCAAUGAGCUGCCUGCAGGCUCCUCCCCAGCACAACCACUCUGAUGCAGAGGCAGCAAUAGCCCGGCUCAGGUCACUUAAUAAUGAAUGGAGCAGUACGUAGGCUGGAUCACUGCACAUCCCUGCUCUGUCUGCUCGGCUGAGCUCCACUGUGGCACACGAGGACAGGAGGAGAGGGGGCGGGGGGGACAUAGCAACCACAAGGACAGCAGCAGCAGCAGCAGCAGCACCAGAAGAGAUAAACAAUUGCCAUGAAGGGACAACAAAGACACACGGACCGCCAUGGCGAGGACCAAGCUGCAGCCACUAAAAACAAGGACCCCCAUCCUGAUAUCCACCCACCGGAUUCACCUUUUCCCUCGUCAUCUUCUCCCCUUCCUCCUCAGUCAGCCAUGGCGCCUUCCACGUCGGCCUCCGCUCUCCUGGGGCCGGCUUCACCGGCCACCAGGCGAUCCAUUUCUAUGGGAGACUUCCGCAGGGUGACGGGGGCUCCUCUCACCGGCUCCGAGCCGCCGUCCACCGCCGCCACGGCCCCCUCCUCCAAGCUCGUGACCCCCAGCUCGAGCAUGGAGUUCGCGGCGGCACGACGACGGCUCCUGGAGGUCGAGGAGCGUCAGCGGGUCGUCCGAGAGAUGGAGCGGCGGCUGGAGGAGCUCAGGGAGGUGUUUGUGCGCUCGGAGCAGGAGGUGGUGGUUCACGGGGAGGUGGUGUCGCGGAUAUCCGGCGCGGCGCAGCAGGGGGAGGUGUACGCGGUGGAGAACGGCCAACGGCUGAAGAAAGGCUUGAGGUUCAAGAAACACCGGCCCACCAUCGUGUUCUCCUCCAUGCUGGGACUGCGCACGUGCCUCCCCUGGCCCGUGAAGCUCAAAUAGGACGACGUUGUCCCACCAUCGCUUCCGAAAUGCGCUUCACAUCAACGGGAGGACAGACCGCCGAACUUCAGCUAUCACUCAUUGACAGGGCUGUUCUUUAGUCUCCAUCACUCUGCAUCCUGUAUCCUGAGGCUGGUCCUCCGGGUCUUAGAGUGCCUGCAAUUAUCACAAAUGCUAGUAAGGAGCUUUUUGUUUAGUUUACUUUCACAGAUACUUUGUUGAUAGUGUUAGAUUUUCACAGGGAGAGAUUGUGUAUCAAUAUAGAUGCUUUUGUUUCAGGGGAUGUAAGGGGAGAGGUUGCAUUCGGCCAGUGAGGCAAACAGCUUGGUUUUUAUGUGCGAUUAACUUACGCAGCAAUCAGGAUUGUAAUUAUGUAAUGUGAGUGAGGUUAAAAAGGCAAAGCGAUCAGGUGGAAUAAAAAUACUAAACCAUCUGUCUCUCCUUCAUGAGAAUUGAAGGGCAGGGAAAGGGAAUCUGAGGUGGAGCUGUGGAGCUAAGCACGCAUUGUAUGGUUUUGGAAAGGGAGAGAAGUCUGGAAUAGAGAAAGAAGAUGUGUAAUUAAAAUGGCUAAAGCUUGCACAGAAAACGUGCUUUGGUUUCUCUGUGACCGCUCCUCCGCUACCAUGAGCCUUGUUUUCAGCAGCGUAAUCUGCAAAACCCGAGAGAGCUGGUAAACAAGUUCAAACUGGGACGAUUCCACCUGUGGCCUCUUUUUAUCCAGUCACCUAGCAACCACUCAUCUCUGUUUUAAAUCGGAUCCCACCAACCGACAGCAUGUAUCCAGCCGAGCGCUGUAACUACAACAAUACCAGACAGCCGUAGAGGUCCUAUCAAGGGUUCAGGGACUAAUAAUUCUGCUGCAUUUAUUUGGGAUACAUUUAGAACUGGCUUUAUAGUCAGAUAUUCUUGACAAAAGCGGUUGUUCAACCUGUUCAUUAUUUUGAUAAGGGGCUGCACUGGAAAUUGAGCCAUGUAUGCAGGAGCAAGGGAAGUUAUGACAGGCCAUCACGGUCUGUUAUGAAUGAAGAGUGGCACUUUUGUCUAGUGCAGAACAACGCUGAUGAUAUUAUCAGUUGUUUUUUUUAUUUCUUUGUGGUUUAGGGAAGAUUUGGGAGAUCAAGCUGUUCUGUUGCUUCACAUACACAGUAGUGUCGUUGCUCCAUAUGCACAGAGUGACCCGAUUUAUUCUUAUAGAUCAUUUCGAAAAAAAAUUCUUCUCGUCUCUUAUUUCUCUUCUUUUGGGAUUAGCAAUGACUGUCUUUUUGUCUUCAACUGUACAGAUGUGUGUAGAAAGAACCGCCAAUAUAACAGGAAUAUCUAUCUUUGGCAUUCAAUGAUUAUGGCAGAGAGGCAUUCAAUCUGGAUGCAGCAUUAGUUGGGAGAAAUCCCAUCAAUCCACGUGAGUGCAUGUUAGUAAUCAUCUAUGUGAGCUAAUUUGAAUUAACAGGGAUUUUUACCAUUGUAGAAGCCUCAGUGAAGCUUGGCUUGCUCAUAAAUAAUCUCACUGACGAAAAAAAGCGAGGCUAUUGACGCAUAGUAGAAUUAUAGCUUAGAGAAGCAUAAAGUAACUCUUAUAUUGAAACUGUAAUGUGAUUCACACGAUUCACAUGUUACUGCAUCAUUUGGGAUGCAUUAGAGAAUGGGCACUGUGAUAUGAGUUGAUUUUCUCGGAUGUAUCCACAGCACUAAUGUGGGUACUUUGUCUGGAUCCGACAUUUAAAAUGUCCCAUGGGUCCCCCAACAACAGCGAAGCGCAGUACUAAUUUGCCGGGGUAGACUACCGCUUCAAGCAAAGGAAAUGUCACAGAAUCGUUGUGUCAAUGUUAACUUUAUCAGCGUUCAUAUUCCUAAUAGCCACGAUGACCUUGUCAUUGAAUGUUAUUCCAUAUAGCCACGGGAAGUGCUGUUUUCUUUGAGCACAUCGAUACCAAACUCAAUUCAGUCAAGGCAGUUGCUGGCAGAAUGCCUAAAAGGGUCUCGUAGGCCUCAGACGGGUAUUGAUGGUCCAUGUAUAUAGCUAGAGUUACAACUGAAUAUACAGCUGGCCUAUAUAUUUCUUUUCGUAUGCCUUAUCCAGUGUUGGUGCACGGCAGUGAUGAUUUGGUGAUGUACUGACUACGAAGGAAGGGCUAAACAGCUGAACUCACGACCAUCAUAGGUCAUAAUCAUAUGGAGGAAAAGUGUGACUGCAGCUUUUUGUGUUUUUCUACAAAUGAAAAAGGCAGUUUCCCAAAGAUCUUGGAGGCCACUAGCAGAUUGAAUGUAACUAUUAUUUAAUAUCCAUUUAUUUAUAACACAGAUGUAAGCAUACAUCCAAUGUUUGAACCUGUGGCUGGCAAAUAAUCCUCUUUUAUUCGUGUAUGGGGCCUUGUAUUGAUAUAAAAAGUCCUUUUAACCAUCAAGCCCAAACAAACAACUGUUGGAGAACUAAAAACUACGGCAAUCCAGACACACAGCAACCACAGCCCUUUAAUGGCACUCAAGCUUGCCAAACACAGGUCCAAAAACGGUUUUAUUAUUCCUUUAGACUCUUUUAUUAUUUUGUUUGUUAAUGUCUCAUGUAGGAUAUAUUAUUUAUUUAUGUUGUGCAGAAAAUGUUCCUCAAAUUAGAUGUUUUAUACCUUAAUUAACACUCUGCUGAUAUUUUUGUUGAUUGUGAAUUGUCUAUUCUAUUUCAUGAAUGUUGGGUCAAAUUUAAUUUUGUGUGCAACUGUUAAAUAACAUUAAGUCAAUUUGGUUUGCCACAGCUUUUUGCCAAGCAUAACGCCUUAAUUUCCAACGUUUGUGAGGGAUUUUUUUUUAGAAAUGGACUCAAAUGAAAGAAAAUCCACUGCAUUGCAAGUUAGUCAUCCACACAUCGUGUGCGUUCUAACACUGCUUCUGUAAAUGCUUUUCUUUCUGCUGCACCGGCUAAGAAUGAAUGUUCUUCUAUAUUUGAUGCUAAUUCAGUUUCUUGACACUAAAAUGUAUUUCACCGCAGAGCUACAAUGUCUAGCAGAUACUAGCAAAUAUCAAACGAUACACUUCAUUUAGAAUAUUAUCAGGUUUCAUAAGAUACAUGCUGAAUCAUUCAAAUAAAUUACAGUGACUCAA